CCUCAAGCCUCAAGGACGGCUCUCUUGACCAUAAAGACUUCUUAUAUAGGUCGUGCAUCAUGCGUCACUUCCCAGUGCCUCAGUGAGGACGGGCAGAGGCAAGAGGAACCUGUUGGGAGUGUCUUGUGUUGUUACUGAAGUCAGUCAAGACAUUCAGACUGACAGACAGACACAGGCAGAGCCAUUGUGUCAGUCCUCCACCAUAAAUAAAAUUGCCUGCGCCACUAAUGGGCGGAAGCUGAACAGCGCUUCUCAUACACUUUUCAAGUGUGCCUACAAGCGCUAUAGGCCUUACCGUAAAAAAAAAAAAAAAGGCCAUUCACACACGUGAAGUGACCUGCAUCAGUCUACAGAGAACCAGACGCUAAGCAACAAGCUGUCAGCCAGCCACAACCGCCAGCCAUCCAGUCACACUGUACACUUGUGUGUGUCACUCAGCCAUGUGGUUGGCACGGGUGGCGGCAGUGGUGGGCCUGUGCCUCGGGCUGGACGCGCUGGACGUCCCAGACACUCCAGAUUACCUGAAGUGCGCCAACGGACUCUUCAACCAGGUGCAGGAGAGGCUUGACACAGACAUGACCGCCUUGAAAGACCAGUUGACGGGCAUCCAGGGGCUGUGCGCACCAGCGAUAACUCAAAGCACCCAGCUAGUGUCCAGCCCAGACAACACGCUGACACUGCUGGAAAAGAUUCAGGUGAUGGAGGAGACGAUCAACCAUAUGAAGGGGAAGCUGAACGCGGCAGCAACGAAAGAUGACUUACGCGAAACGGAAGUCUCUAUCAGUGAGACAGUAGAGGCAGUCUUGACGGAAAUCGAGGGAAAUGUCAAGGGAAAUUUGAAGGAGAAAGAUGCUAAAAAAUUGCUAAAUGAGAGUGUGGAUGUAGUAGUGCAGUCGAUCGGGGAGUUAGGGCAGUGUGCAAGCGAGGACAAGGUGGCGGCGGUGCAGGAAAGAGUGCAUGAGAUGGAACAGAACUACAUGGAGAAGAUUGAACGAUUAGAGGAGAUGGUGAAAGAGAUAUUGAACUUCACACGUACGCCUCUACCAACCCUGCCGCCCUCCACCAUCACUCCCCCAGGACCCGUGUACCCGUGCGAGGACUCAACCUUCCCCGGCAACAAUAUUGACGCAUGCGGAGUGGCCGUGAGGUUCAACAAGUGCCACCUGCAGACCGUGGCCUACCAUUGCUGCCGCACCUGCACCGCUCACAACAAAUUGCCGGAGAUGGGGCCCUGGCGAUACAUGAACGCCACCAGGGUUGUGAACACUCUUAAUGUGAUGCGAUUCUUUACCCUGUGAUGGAGCUGUGGUAGAGUCAGCUGUAGUGGUCGUGGGCGUAUGUAUCUAGAGUAGUUUUAUGGGAAGAGGAGAGAAGAGGACCCGUACGUCGUGGUGUUUUUGGGCGGGUUGGGGUAGGAGGAAGAGCUGCCAGUGUGCAUUGUAGCCAUAAGAUCAAAAAUAUAUCCCUGCUUACAUGCCACAAUAAACUUGAAACAAAAGAA